CCGCGGGAUAGGCCCGUUUAGACCUGUGGCGGGGCGGGCUUGGGCCCGUGAUUUCACGUCCCGCAAAGAAGCGGGCCUCGCGGGAGAGGCUUGUCGCGGAACCGGACCCAAAGCGGGCAAGCCCACAGUGACCCGCGGGUUUCUCCAUGUCCCGCAACCCUAAUCGACUUUCCAUUUGCUCAGCACCUGAAAAAAAAAACGCGAGAGAGUCAGAGAGAUAGAGUGAAAGGCGAUUUGGUUGCGACCUCCACCGUGGAAUGAAACAGAGCUCCACCGAUGACGACGGCGGUUCGCUCUCCCGACACUGCUUCAUCUCACAACUUGUCUUCGAACUGCAGUCUGCAGCAGUGGAGCUAAAACGAUGAGGGUCCGCCAUUCCUAGUUUCUUCUUCUUCGAUGUCGCUUCCGUUCUUCCCUCUGAGCUUCCAAACUCCACAGAUCGGACAUGCAUGUACAGAGUUAGUAUUUCAGACAGAAAAUUGAAGUUCUUUUGGACUUAUAAUCUCUGCUGUAACUCUUGUUUUUUUUUUCCAGGUUGUUAGAUAAGAAGACCAACAAGAUCCGUAAGGUAGUGAUGUAGCUUAGCGAUCUAUAGUUUGUGUUAUGUCUUAUCUAGGUUAGCGAUCCAUGUAAACAAAUUGAACAACAAGUUUGAUCAUUUUUAUGUCUUCUUCUUUAGGUUAUUUCCCGGUUCUUGACACGGCUUUCUCACCGGAUCAGUCUUUAGAAACGCUCCAGACGCUAAAGCCUUGCAAAGAACAUUGUCCGACGAAACUGGUAACGAACUUAACCAACUCUUUGGUUUUAAAACCUGUGUUUUGGUUUUGGUUUUGGACUUAGUCGCGUUGUAUUUGUUUAGUAACGAACUUAACCAACUCUAAGGAAUGCAGAGUCGUCUCUGAUAUGUUUGUUUGUCGCGUUGUAUUUGUUUUGUGUUCUGUGUUGAGGUGAUGGAGUGAUGGUGAGAAAGUAGGCGACUUGGUCAUCUUCUUCUCCUCUUAGACAGCUUCAGAACAUCAGGUUAGUCACUCUCUUACCCAGAACUAUUAAUCAGUGAUAGGAGAACUCGCUAUCUCAUUGUCUUGUGUUGACUAGUUCGGCGAAUCUUAUUGUCUUGUGUUGAGUAGUGAUAUGUCUCAUCUUUUGUUCUUUUGUACAUACAGAGAAGAGAUCAAGCGGAGUAGUAGAUUGCGUGCUUCAAUUUUUUAUGUUCAUCAACGACUUCACCAAGACGGUUGCUGGCGCCAAAGGAGAUUGCGUGCCAAGGUUUGUGUCCUGAACUGUCUUUUUUUUUUUUGUUUUCUAUAAACUGAAUGAACUGUCUUUUCUAUGAACUGAACAAUGUUUGUGUGCCAAUGUUCAUUCAGUAUCUGAUAUGUUUGUUCAGUAUCGUUUGUUUCAUCACGUGUACUUAUUUUUUUUUUGUGUUCUAUGAACUGAAUGAACUGUCUUUUUUUUUUUGUUUGUGUCCUGUGAUGAGAACAAUGAAGGAUUGCACGAGUACAUACACCACCUGGUCGAGUAGUUUCCAGCUUCAGCCGAUAUAGGAUCUUUAAGGACCUCAGGUUAGAAAGCUCUCAGGUUAGAAAGCUCUUAAACGUAUGAAACUUAGAUGGCUUUGUGUAGGUUAUCGGAUCACUGACUUGUUUAGGUUGAUUCCGUAUAUGAUAGAACAUUAACUUGUUUAGAUGGCUUUGCGUAGGUUAUCGGAUCACUUGCUGUUUAUGUUGCUUUGCUUUUUUACGUUGCUUUGCUUGAUUAGUUGAUUACUUGUGUUUGUGUACUUGUAUAAUAAAAUUUGGAAUUUUGAAAAUCAACAAUUAUAACAGAUUUUAAAAAAUAUAUUAAGAAAUUUUUUAAAAAAUAGACAAAAUUUAGGAAACCCUAAAAAGUUAAUUUCAUUCCACGGCGUGAAAAAAAAACACAAAACUUGAGAGUUGAGAGCGAGAGAGACCAUGGGAUCAAGGAGCCAGCCCGAAGAUCAGUCGACGUUUGAUCCGAAUUACACCCCGCCAAAUACUGUGGACUUUGCAACUCAGGCAGUCUUAGCUACUCUUGCUGCAGCAGCUGAGGCUGGUGAUCAGAUCGCUUCUCAGGAACGUGGUGUAACUCGUGCUGAUGGGAAGCAUCAAGGAAGCAGAAAAAGGCUUAUCAGUCUUGUUGAUGAUACUGAUGAUUCUGAUGUUGAAAUCAGUCAACCAACCCAAAAAACCAAGCCUCGCAGACAGACCAGUUUCGGAACAGCCACGGGGAAACCCAUGUUGCAAUCAACUAUCGAUGGUGGUGUUGGCUCGUCUGCACAGGCGUGUAGUAAGGGGAAGUCUGUUCCUAUGAAGUCUGUGAUUCGUGGAGGGAGAAGAAAGUCGCCUACUAAGUCCAAAAAGAAGAAGGUUUCGCCUACUCAGUCGCAAAAGAAGAAGGAGAAGGUCGCAGAGGACAUACCCGAGCUUGGUGAUGAACUGGAUGAAGAAGAGUUUGAUGGGGAUGAAAUCGGUGAAGAGGAAAGGGAAGAGAGGCAAAAAUCAGAUGUCUGGAAAGAUUUCAAGGUGGUCGAAAAACCGAAUGGAAAGUUGAAAGCUGCAUGCAAUCAUUGCAAACGUGAGUAUGCAUGGCAAUCUCAUUCGCAUGGAACCAGUGGGUUGAGAAGACAUCGGGAGAGAUGUAAAAUGUAUCCAAGGAAUGGAGGAAGGCAGCAACAACUCAAUAUCGAAGGGAAAGUGGUAUCUCGCAAGUAUGAUCAUACUGUGUUUAGGCAGAUGGUAGCUAAGACAAUAGUCCAGCAUGAUCUACCUUACUCGUACGUGGAGUAUGAAAGAGUGAGAGACACGUGGAAGUAUUUGAAUGCUGAUGUCCAAACCAUUUGUCGAAACACGGCGAGAGCAGAUGUGUAUAGACUCUAUGAAAGCGAGAGAGACACACUCAAGAGGGAAUUAGCGACUCUCCCUGGACGAGUCUCCUUCACGUCUGACUUGUGGACAUCCGUGAAAAGGGAAGGAUACAUGUGUGUGACAGCACAUUACAUUGAUCGGAAUUGGAAGUUGAACAGCAAGAUCCUGACGUUUUGUGCUCUACCACCACCACAUACCGGUAUGAGUAUUGCGGUUCAACUCCUCACGUCACUGAAAGAGUGGGGAAUUGAUAAGAAGGUGUUCUCAGUCACAUUAGAUAAUGCUACAAGUAAUGACUCCAUGCAGGACAUUGUGAAGUCGCAGCUGAAUUUGAAUGAUGAUUUGUUGUGUGGAGGAGAGUUUUUUCAUGUAAGAUGUGCAGCUCACAUACUUAAUCUCAUAGUGCAAGAUGGGUUGAAGGUUAUUGGAGACUCUUUGCAGAAAGUAAGAGAGAGUGUUAAGUAUGUAUUAGGAUCGGAAAGCCGUGAACAAUUGUUCCAAAAAUGUGUGGAUGCUGCGGGUGUAGUAGAAAGUGGGUGGCUGAUACUGGACGUGUCGACGAGAUGGAACUCAACUUACUAUAUGCUUGAAAGAGCCCUCAAGUACCGUAAAGCAUUUGUUAAGUUGGAGACAUUUGAUAAGAAGGGUUAUAAAACAGCGCCCACAGAUGAGGAAUGGACUAGAGCCGCUAAUAUCUGCGAUUUUUUGGGUCCUUUUGCUGUGAUCACAAGCUUGAUGUCUGGUUCGAAUUACCCGACUGCAAACCUGUAUUUCUAUCAGGUUUGGUUGAUCCAUGAUUGGCUUCGGAGAAAUGAGGAAAGCGCAGAUGAGAUUGUCAGAUACAUGGUGCGACCGAUGAAGGAGAAGUUUGACAAAUAUUGGGAUGAAGUUAGUGGUGUUUUUGCAAUGGCAGCAGUCUUUGAUCCACGGUUUAAGCUUUCAAUUGUUGAAUGUUGUUUAGGGAAGCUUGACAUAAGUACACGUGAUGCAAAGGUGAAGAACUUGCGUGACAAGCUCAGUAUUCUGUUUGAGACAUACGACAAAAACUCCAAGAAUAACUCACCUUCCACUGAGCCACGUGACACUGUUCCGCAAAAAGCUUGUGCGGCAGGAUCAAUGGGACUGUUUGGGAACUACAAUGAUUUCUUUGCAUUUCGCAAAGUCAGUGGAAUUGUUAGUGGAAAGACACCUCUAGAAGCUUAUCUUGAAGAACCACCUUUGGACAUUACUAAUUUCCAGAGCUUGGACAUCCUCGAUUGGUGGAAAGAUAAUGCGCAUCGGUAUGGUGACUUGGCUGCAAUGGCAUGUGAUCUGCUAAGUAUUCCAAUCACAACAGUGGCUUCGGAGUCCUCCUUCAGUAUUGGAUCGCGAGUUCUAAACAAAUAUAGGAGUCGUCUACUCCCAGAAAAUGUGCAAGCUCUGAUAUGCACUAGGAAUUGGAUCAAAGGAUAUGAAUCUUACGCACAUGAUGAAGAAAUCGAUGGUGAUGGAGAAGAAGAGAAAUUACCAACAUUUGAGUCCAUUGUUGAUGGGGAAGAUGAAGAUGAGUAGAUGAGCAAGUUUGAAAUGUUAUCUUGAUUUGGUGUUUUGCUGCAAUUACAAUUUCUGUUUUUUUGUUUAAGUUGCCUGAUUUUUGGUUUUGAAUACUAUGAUUUGGACCAUUUGGUGUUUCUCUAAAUUUUACUUUAGUUGAGACUUAAUUUUUUAUACUCACGAUCAAACAACAAACUAUAGUUCUUCAAAAUUAUCUGAAGAAACAGAUUGAAUGGCUAGUAAUUAACAUAUAUACGAGUUGCUGAAAUAGCCAGUGGCUCUAACGAUGCUCUCGUAGAUUGAAAAAAAAAUACAAAACAAGACUAAUAUAUGUAAAAGUUGUUAAGCUCCAAUAGUAGAUGGGUCAUGUGUUCAUAUAUCAUUCAUUAUGUAUGUAGUGGUCACUGGAGCAGCCUGCAGCGUCGAGAAACGUCAUGCUGCACUCCUUUCGCGUCCAGCCCGCGGGACGGCUUGUAAGGGCCUGUGCAAUCAUGCGGUACGGGACUGGGCCGGCUUUCUCUAGACCGCAGCCCGCGCGGGACGGGACCGCUUCGACCCGCGAGAUGCUCAGCCCGCGGCGGGAUGGGACGGGACGGGACGGGACGACCUGUUUGACAUUCCUAUGAGAGACUAGUGGUCUGUCUGUGCUUUGGGCAGAAAUGUUAUUUUUGUUUUAUUUAAAGUGUUUUUUUUGUGGGUUAAAAAAUUUGGUUAAUUUAUAUAAGUAUAAAAUAAUAUGUUGUAAAAUAUUUUGCAAUACUGGAUCUUCGAGGUUGAGAUAUUAUGGUGGCUGAGGUAUUAUGGUCCUUCAGUUUGACUAAUUUGUGUUUACAAUUGUAUAUUCUCAUUUAUUUUUAUAUCUAUUCUCGGUAAUCAUUAGAAUUAUGUUGAUUUUUGAUGUUAUAUGUCUUUGUGUGUAUUAAGUUUAUCAUUGUUGUUUUUUUUUUAAACAGAGAAAUUUUUUAAAUCUACGAUUAUUGUCCUGAAGUUCCAUUUUGAAACGAAAUUUUGGUUUCAUAUUGUUGCUAAAUUGAUUGGUUUUAAAUUUUUUUUUAAAAACUCUAAUUUAGUUCUUAAGUAAAACCCGAAUUCUCUUGCUUAAAAUAUGAACACAAAUUAUUUAGCUUGUUUGUACUAAAAAUACAUUUGACAUUGAUUUUUGAUGUUGUUGCGGUAACACGUAAUUGUAUUUUUUAUAUUUUUAUAUAUGUGAGAUGUCAACCAAAGUCCCACAUUGGAAAUUAGACAAAAUAGAGUAUAAUAUAUAAAAAAUGUCUAGCUCUAAUUAGUAUGAAGCAUUUUGGGAUGGAAACCAAAAGUAAAUCCAUGCGGUCUAGUCUCUUAGGCCCAAAGUGGACAAUAUUGUACUAAUCAGAGAAUAUAGAGUUGGACAUGGGGUUUAAUAAAUCCCAACAAUUGGUAUCAGAGCGGUUUGACAAAGAACUACAAGAAGACCAAAAUACCAUUCGAGUAGGAAUGAGACCAUUCAAGGUGGAAGAGGAGGUAUGUGGCAGAAACGUCAGAAGAUCAUGGAACCUGUGAUGUUGUGGGAGAACAUUCUCAAAGGAACGAGGUGUUAUGAAAGACACAUUCUCAAAGGAAAUCCCUGCGAUUACUGGUACAAGGUGGUGCUAAGAUAAUCCGCUGAAGGAAGAAUACACGAGAUGAGUGUGGUCCUUAGCUUGAGGAGGAGAAUGUGAGAUGUCAAUCUAAGUCCCAUAUUGGAAAUUAAACAAAGGAGAGCUAAUAUAUAAAGAGAUGUCCAACUCUAAUUAGUAUGAGGCAUUUUGGGAUGGAAACCACAAAUAAAUCCAUGCGGACCAGUCUCUUAAGCUCAAAGUGGACAAUAUCGUACUAAUUAGAGAAUAUAGAGUUGGACAUGGGGUUUAAUAAAUCCCAACAAUAUAUUUUCAUGUAAAAUGGUAGCUUCGUAAAUCUAGCCCAAUAUAGAUUUUGUCAAGUUAUUUUCUUUAAAUUCUUUUUUAUAUAACCAACACCAAAGACAAGAAUGCAAAUAUGGAUUUUCGUCCAUACUUAGAAAACAAUGGGUACUGAAUGAUAUGAUUUAUUUGAUUUUUGGACGGAAAUAGUUUUUUGAGGAGUUUUCCUAUAAUUGAAUAUAAUUUAUAUCUUAAAUGUAAAAAGAAAAGACAAAAUUAUUGCAUUAAUCUAUACUAUUAAAGCAGGAUCCUAUUGUUUUUUUUUUACCUUAAUCUGCUUUUUUCUUUACUAACAUU